AUGUUAGAAAAUGAAAAAUAAUUGUAUUGUAAGAAGAAUAAUCACAACUAACCAAUCACAAUAGUGAUUACUGAAUAAAAUUAUAAAAUAGAGGACAGAUUUUUAUGUGAUAUAUGUUGGAAAGGUAUUUAAAUUGGUUUACAUACUAUUCCUUUUAGUUCUUUGAUGGAUAAUAUAAAAGAAUAGCAAAAUUCUUUUUCUUAAAAUUUAAAUAUGAUAAUAUUAAAGAAUGUAGUUUUGAUUGAGAAAAUUAAAGAAUAAAUAGAUACUAUUAAGACUAGUAUGAUUUCUACAUUGAAAGAUUGUGAAGAGAAAAUAAAAAUAUGGCAUGAAUCUUUAAUAGAAUUAGAAUAACAGAAUUCUAUAUAUAGUAUUUAUUCUGAGGUGGAGAGAUAUUUUUAAAAUGAAAGUAAAUUGGAUAGUCUUUUAGAAUUAACUGGUUAGAUUAAUGAAUUGAAUUAUGAUUUUUCAAAAAAGAUUUAACUCUAAUUGACGUCUCUUAAGUGUUUGAGCAAAUAUGAAAGCUGUUAAUAAAGUUUACUUGAAUUAUAGUGGAUGGAUUUAGAGAAAAUGGUAGAGAAUGGUUCCAUUAUUCAAAACAAUUCUAAGGUAUACAAUUUAUGUAAUAUAAAGAAUUUUGUUAAACCUAUUUGUGAAAUUCAUAAUUAAGAAAUUAUAUUUGUAGAUUCAAGUAAGGAUGUGAAUAUUGAGUCAAGAACUUCUUGUUUUAAAUGUAAUAGAAGAAAUGGGGAUACUGUUCAAGAAUUCAUUCAAAAAUGGUAGAGUUAUAAUUAAGAAUGUAAAGGACAAUUUUAGAAUGAAUUUUAAAAUUUCAAAAAACAUGUAGAAGAUGAAAACAAAAAAUUAAAGAUAAUAAGAAAAGAUAUAAAUAAGGCUAUUGAUGAAAAAUUGCAUCAAAAUAAUGAAUAACUAAAGAUUAAUUACGAUACAUAAUGUAAAAGUAUUUAAGAGUUAAAUUAUCUAUUAAAUCAUUAGAAAUUUAAUUAGAUUGCUGAAAAGUUGAGUGUAAGUGAGAGGAAAGUUUAAUGUAAUUAAAAUUAUAAAGACAAUAAUUGUCUUUUGAUAUCUUAAAUUAAUUAGAUAUUGAAUAAAUUUGAUUAGAAUGAGGAGAAUCAUUAAAAUAUAAAAUCAAUAACAUUUGAGAAGAUAUAGAAUAUUCCUAAAAAGAGUAAAAAUUAUAUUGAAUAAGAAAGUGUUAAUUAAUAAUGUUUUGCAGUUGCUUUUAAUAGAGAAGAUAAUAUAAUGAUUUCUGGAUUUGGAUCUGAAAUCAAAGUAUGGUUAUUUAGUGAUGGAUAAUUAACAGAGAUUGAUAAAUUUGAAGGUCAUGAUGAUAAUAUCUCAUGUUUGUUAUUUAGUUAAUAUUCAAAUUCUUUUGUUUCAGGUUCCAUGGACUUUACUAUUAAAUUAUGGAAAGAAAAGAGUCUAUUAAUAUGGGAAUGUUCAUAAUCUUUUUAAGAACAUACAGAUUUUAUUAGUUGCAUUAUUCUAAGUAAAGAUGAAAAUUUCUUAUUUUCUGGAAGUUAUGAUAAAACAAUUAGAAUUUGGAGAUUAGAUUUUCCUUCAAAAACCUUAUCAUAAGCACAAGCUUUAGAAUAUCAUACAAAUUUAGUUUUAGGAUUGAGUCUAAAUCCUUCAGAAUAAUUAUUAGUUUCUUGUGGAUAAGAUUUAUAAAUUAAUCUUUGGCAUAAAGGAAAAAACAAUCUAUGGAAUUUCAAAUAGAAAAUUAAAUAAUCUAUUUAAGAUUUUGGAUAUAGGAUUUAAUUUUUAAAUGAUUCAUAAUUUGUUUGGAUAAAUAAAGGUUAUAAUGGAUCCAUCUCUGUUUUUGAACUUGAAAAUGACUUAUUUAUAGAAAAAUUGAGUAAAUAAAUCAAUCUAAGUGAAGAAGAUAAUGAAGAUAAGGAUUUCUUUCCUAUCAUGCAUAAUACUAAACUAUAAGUCUUUUUUGUCAAACAUAAAAAAUCAAUUUAUUCAUUCAAAUAAGAAAUCAAUAGUAAUAUUACUCAAAUAUCAAAUGUUUAAAUAUCAGAUAACCCUGAGUUUUAUGGAGUAUUUACUAAUAAUGGAAAAUAUGUUGUUAUUAAUUCAAGAGUUCCAAACUAAAAUCAUACCUAAGUUGUUAUCUACAAAUUACAUUUUCAUUGA